AUGGGUGAUGAUUUGGGUGAUGAACCAGCAGACAUAGGUGAUGAUCCGGGUGAUGAUCCAACAGACAUGGGUGACUAUGAAGACCAACCAGUAGAUACAACUAAAAAAGUUUAUGAAGAUCUUAUUGGACCUUUUCCUGGAGGGUCAUGGCAGCCAGAAACAAACACGUUUCAUCUACCAUUUGGUGAGAUGUCACCAACCUUAGAUGAUGUUAGUGUAAUUUUAGGGAUUCCAGUGAUUGGUAAACCAGUCUCUUGCAAGAAGUUAUCAAAUGUUAACGCUGCAAAUCUGCUAGUUGAGGCUUUGGGAGUAAUAAUAGAUGAGGCAAAUGUAGCGUUGAAGGUAGCACAGGGCCAGUCUAUCAAGGUAGAAUCAUUGAGACAACGAUUUGGGUCAGUGUCUAAUGCAGACAAUGAUAAUACCAUUGACUGUGCAGCUAGGGCAUAUUUGUUAUAUUUGUUAGGUUGUACCUUAUUUGCAAACAAGACUGGCACACGUGUUCCGGUAGUGUAUUUGUCCUUUCUUAUGGAUUUGCGAUCGGUUGUUUCUUAUGCUUGGGAUGCAGCCGCAUUGGCUUUUUUAUACCGGCAAUUGGGUACUGCCAUAAGGUAUGCCGUGAAACAAAUGGCGGGAUACAUGACAUUGCUGGAAGGUUGGAUUUAUGAGCAUUUUGUUGGUGCUAGACCCCUCCCCAAUUUGGACAAUAAAGAAGAUUAG